UGCAUUGCGGCUGUAAUGGCUGCCUCCAGCUGGCGUGGGGUUGAGCUUGUUCGAGCCGUUUUAGGGGUCCGGCGGCCGAUCCCCAACGCUGCGAGGGGGUGGAUGACCCCUUUACCCUCACUAGUAUCAGGCCGUCAACGGAGGGGCGUGUCCUGUGCCGUGGGUGCGGCUUUCUGUGGUCGCCACCUGGCCCCGGACUCUCGCCAUUAUGGCCAGGUCUCAGCUCUGGACCACUUACUCGGAUUCCCUCAGCCUGACAGUUCGCUGACUCCUUUCGUACCCGCCGUGUCCAUGCACAGAGGUGAGCAGGAUCUCCUCUUGGUCCAUCCCCCUGACAUGCCUGAGAAUCCCCGGGUCCUACGAGUAGUCAUCCUUGGAGCCCCAAACGCAGGGAAGUCAACACUCUCCAACCAGCUGCUGGGCCGAAAAGUGUUCCCUGUCUCCAAGAAGGUGCACACCACUCGAUGUCAAGCUCUGGGGGUCAUUACAGAGAAGGAGACCCAGGUGAUUCUACUUGACACACCUGGGAUCAUCAGUCCUGUAAAACAGAAGAGGCACCAACUGGAGCCCUCUUUGUUGGAAGAUCCAUGGAAGAGCAUGGAAUCUGCUGAUCUUGUGGUAGUUCUUGUGGAUGUGUCAGACAAGUGGACUCGGAAUCAGCUCAGCCCCCAGAUAGUCCAGUGCUUGACCCAGUUUGCCCAGGUCCCUAGCAUCCUUGUCAUGAACAAGGUAGAUUGCCUGAAGCAGAAGUCAAUUCUCCUGGAGCUCACAGCAGCCCUCACUGAAGGUGUAGUAAAUGGCAAGAAGAUCCAGAUGAAGCAAGCCUUUCGCUCAAAGCCCGGUUCCCAUUGCCCUAGCCCAGCAGCUAAGGACUCAAACACGCAGUCUGCAGGAAGCCCUCGGCUGACUGGCUGGCCCCACUUCCAGGACAUCUUCAUGUUGUCAGCCCUAAGCCAGGAGGAUGUUAGAACACUUAAGCAGUACCUCCUGGCAAAGGCUCAGCCCGGGCCUUGGGAGUUCCACAGCGGAGUCCUCACUAGCCAGACACCUGAAGAGAUCUGUGCCAACAUCAUCCGAGCGAAACUCCUGGAGUACCUGCCCCAAGAGGUGCCCUACAAUGUGCAGCAGAAGACAGUGGUGUGGGAGGAAGGACCAAGUGGGGAACUGGUGAUUCUACAGAAACUUCUGGUGCCUAAAGAGUCUCAUGUGGUAAGUGUAGCCAGGCUCAGGGGAGGGACCAAGACUGUGUUAGGGAGGGGGUUCCUCCCCACUCUCCACAUGGAACCCUGCCAACAAGACUGUAUCCCUCUCUUUGACCUGCCUGCAGAGGAUCCUGAUUGGUCAGAAGGGCCAGGUAAUCUCCCAGAUUGCACAGGAGGUGGGCCGUGACCUCAUGAACAUCUUUCUCUGUGACGUUCAGAUACGCCUGUCUGUGAAACUCCUCACAUGAGGAGCUCCCUACUGCCUCUCCCAGGGCAUCCCAGCUCAAGCUGCUAACAGAGGUCAUUGACCAGCGGUGUCCCUGCCUCAGGGCCCUCAAAAACUGAUGAGGGGCAUGGGCACUGCAUAGCCCCUGCCCAGCCAUGUCUACUUUUGGAGGAAGGAACCUGCCUUAGCUCACAUCCCAAAUUGCUCCUCUGCCUGGGGCCACAGCUACUUUGGUCUCAGAAGUUGGCCCCUUCAUGGGAGUGUGCCACCCUGCCCAUAGUUUCUCCCAGAUCUCUCUUCCUCACUCCGUAUUUCCACCAGGAAGCCAUGAAAGGUGAGACAGCACCUCCCACCUGCUCCCCAAGUCUGUGAUCCCUCCUUACCCCUUCCACUCCCCAGUCUCAGAUGCUAAUAAAAUAAAAUA